GUACGUUAUUGUACGUAAUGUCUGCCUCGCUCUAUGCUGCAAAGGAGCACUGUGCCUUUCUGAGACAGCCAAGAAGGCAUAUGCGCCAAGCUAAACCGCUUGGAUCAUAAAAGGACCAUGGGCCCAUGUCAUGACUGAGCUCAAACAAGUAUCACAUUAUGGCAGCAACGAGCACAACCACUUUGCUCCAGUCACGCUCUAACACUAUUCCUUGGUCAAGUAACCAGGAGCUGCCCCUCAGUGCGCGCCAGGGACGACGACUCUCCCCACCAAGACAGAGAGUCCGCGCAUCUUCCUUGGAUCCUCGACGGGAUAUGAGCACCGCACUCCUGUCUCCUGGCUUCUCAAAGGGUACACUGAGCAAUCCAGAGAAGCGCGAGAAUCUGCAACUCUCGCUGGACGUAAAGCAGCAACAGGAAGAAUUAAUCCAAGCACGUAUGCUUGGUCACAACAAGGGUGGCGUCCGCAAAGCUUCAGCUGCAGGUAGACGUGCUCCUCAGCGCUUACAGCUGACAGAGGCGACUCUUCAUCGCGCUGAACGCAUGUUUGCACAAACAGCUCCCCUUCAUGGGCGUUUCCCACACAGCAAUGAGCGGGCGGGACAUCUGCUGCCUCCUAUCCGUGUCGAUGGAGUCAGUACUCCAGACUCCGCAGGCCGUCUGCUGCCGCCUCUCAAACAACACUUCUCUCUAUCUAGUCAGCCGAAUCCACGCAGUGCUCCUCUCACACCGCCAACUCCAGGCACGGCGCGCUUUGACAAAACUAAUGCUCUUUCUGUGGCCCGGCUACAGGCGCGGAAGGAACGCUAUCUGACACAUUGCGCUGCAGCCUUCGAUGCUCUUUAUGCAGACUCCUGAUCAAAUGAUGCAAGCUCCUAUAUCAGCCUUUAUAUUCAAUUCAAGUUUUCAAAGCGGUGACGCAUCGAUGAUUAUAGAACGCGUGGACUGGGUGACAAAUCCCAUGGAUCAUGGCCCUGCUCAUGACGUUGCAUAUGAGUAUCCUGGCAGAUAACCGACUGUCCUGGAGGUGAGCAAUGAGCAUUGGCCAACAUGUUUCAGAUGGGCACAGACUGUCGUUGCCUAGCUCUGCGUCUUGGAGUGCACAAUCAUAGCCAUUGUACCCGAGUAUCAAAGCUCUGUAAAGUGCACACGCACAGAGUCGUAGGCACGGAAAGGUCCGCGGAGCUUUGUUCCCCGCCAACCAUCCACUUCAUCCCAUUCAAUCUUGAAAGGCUUUCCACGCUCAAAGAAGGCAUUCAGCCAAAAAUGUGCGAAUGCCUUGCCGCGCUCAAGUGAGAUGCACAGAUCUGAGUCGACUUCGAUCGGUUUCGUUGGACGCAAGAUGACCACAUCG